GCUAACUGCAUCCUAGUGCUUCAGACCGACUAUGAACAAUGUGAACGACACUCGACAAAUCAUUGACAUGUAUUCCAAAAAGACAUAAUUUAUAUUUCAGAAAAGCGAGUCGACCGUAGCAGAGUGCGGGGAUGUUGUUUCGCAAUGGGAAACGUUUUGGGCAGAAAGGGACACCCAAAUCCAGUCACCGAGCAAGACAGGGCGAUUUUGCAACUGAAACAUCAGCGAGAUAAGCUGAGACAGUACCAGAAAAAGCUUACGUUGCAGCUAGAGAAAGAGAGACCUCUAGCCAGACAGCUCCUGAAGGAUGGGAAGACGGAAAAAGUUCUUCUCCUGCUCAAAAAGAAGCGCUACCAGGAUCAACUGCUGGACAAGACUGAGACCCAGAUAAGCAACCUAGAGCGCAUGGUCCAAGACCUCGAAUAUGCUCAGAUUGAGAUGAAGGUCCUGGAAGGUCUGAAGAUUGGCAGUGACUGCCUGACAAAAAUGCAUGAGGUUCUGUCCAUUGAAGAAGUGGAGAGAAUAAUGGAGGAGACACAGGAGGCUGUAGAAUAUCAGAAGCAAAUUGACGAGAUGCUGGUAGGCUCUCUGAGCCAGGAGGACGAGGAGGCAGCGCUGACAGAGCUGGAGGCUAUCACUCAGGCCAAAGAUGUCCGGCUUCCGGAGGUGCCCACUGAGCCCGUGCCUGGAGCGUUGCAGACAGAGAAAGAGAGAAAACCAGCAAAAAUCAAGGAGGACCCAGAGAUGCUGGCAGCAUAAUGACACCCUGCAGUCUCAUUAUAGUGGUUUUAUCAACGCCGUGUCACUACUCUUGGAAGUAAGGGCAGUGCCUAAACAGAGCACAAAUACACUCUUCUGUUCCCUAAAUCGUCAUAUACCUAUAACUCAGCACAUGCAUGCAGUGUCAUGUGAAAUAUUUUAUACUUUGGAAAUGCAAAAAAAAAAAAAAAGAUUUAAUUGACAGGCUUGAACUGUUCCUUGACACUACCACUUAAUGGCACUGAAAAUGUUUUGAAUUUAAUUGGCAAAUUACAUCGUUCAUUUAACUCACAUUAAGCAAUGAUUUGAUUAAUAGCAAAGUAAUUUGAUUAUGACAGAUGUACACCGCUACUGCUCUUGUGACUGUGUUUAGAAAAUAAGUGGAAAACACAGAAAUAACAUAAUCAGCCAUUUGCAGCCAAGGCAAUAAAGUUCUUCAAUAAGACAACAUUUCAAUUUAUCUUGAAAUUCUAGGUAGAUAAUUGUAGUCUUUACUGUUUGAGGUUUCUUCCUCAUAAUCCAUAAGGCUGUCAUUUAAGGUUUGAGUUAAUUGGUCAAAAUAUUUUAAAGAAGCUGUCCUGCUAUCUUGACCUUUUUGUAUUUAAAUGUGAAGUCCCUAUCUGUGUUCUGUGUUAGCUAGGUUCUCUAUUAUAUAAUAGCAUGACCACCAGGUGGCUCUCUAAACCUUGAUAUUGGAUCUCCACGGAGUCCCUCGCUGUGACAGACACAUCUUAUGAAAGGUUUUUGCAGAUCAAGUGUCGGUAUCUGUGAUUAUUUAGAAAGAUAUUUAUCCAGGUGACAAUUGGUUUCCUUUCUUCCUCUUUGUUUGGCAGCUUGGGUGAGCGAGGUGUUAAUAAACGUAAGCUAUCUUAUGCAUUAGCUCAUACUGUGUUUUUAAGGACUCACUUCUGAUUGACACUUGCAGUCAACUUUCUAAUACUGUCUAAAUACAAAGGUGUGGUGAUGUAUUCUACUGUAAUAAUGGUGAAAUAAAGAAUCAGUGUGUGGCUUUGG